AUGCAGCUGGCUGAAUCAAAAGUACACGCAACAUAAAACAGAGCCCACCCCGCACAGGAGCGCCUAUAAAAGCAGGAUACGCCUGAGCCAUCCAUGACCAACGGGAGACACUUGGAAAUUUGCGCCUUGGAGGACAGUUCGCCGCUGCGCGCUGAGAUGAGAGGGUUUACGCUCAAUACUGUGUGCCAGUGUGGCUUAUUUGCUUAUCUCGUCUUAUUUUCUUUCAUGUCUUUCACUGCCGCAGUCAGUUUCGACUUGACUGAGCUUAGGAAUAAAGUUGCAAAAAUCAAAGUGAAUCCAAGAGGCAAUCUCUGGGCUACAGGACAUUUCAUGGGUAAGAAGAGUGUGAUGGAUCCCCCCAUGCUGCCCUCAGCUGAUGGGCAGGGUGUCGGUGCGCUGGACGUCACCCUGCCUGCGGAGCAGAGCGCUCUUGUGGAGCUUUUCCAAGAGUUCCUGCGCGUGGCGUUAGAAGCGCAGGUGGACACACAAGAGAGCCGCACGAAAAAUCAGGAGGCGGACAUGUUGAUGAAGAUUUUAGAAAGCCUCAUCCAAAGCAGAAAGUGAUUUACAGGAUGUGUAGCGCGCAUGGAUCCGAGGUCAGCCGGCCUCAUGGAUUAAAAUAAAUACAUUAGACACAGCCUACAGUCUCCUGCUCAUCAUGAUUGUAAUUUACUGUAACUGUACUGCAAUACUCGUAAAAGUUUCUUCAAUUUAU